AUGGGUCCCAUCCAGGACACCUCGAACAGCGCGUCCGCAUUUUUCAACGGCCGCUUCUUCUCCACCUCUUUCAAAAACAAGAUGCACUGUAUUCAACUCACGCUCGUCCUCACGAUAAUCGUUUUGACCGGCGUCCGCAUCUCCAUCAAACCCUCCUCUAUGCCAGUCACCAGAUCAGAUACCCUGGCAAUCGUGAUGGGUAUCAAGACUAUCGUGGUGAUCGGAUAUCAGCUUCUUACCACUCACAUGUCGAACCUUCAUCGCUGGAGAAACUUGAAAGUUUACUUGGUGCUCAACAGCAUGGAGGUCGUGUUUUGGUUUGUGGUAGUUAUCAUUACGGGUAUGGGCAUGUCGAGGUAUGGUCAAGGGGCUUAUUGCGGAUUGAGCGUCUUGAUGCUCUUGAUCUCGUUGAUAUUGACGACGUUUGCGCUAUGGACAGCCAUCACCACACGAAACUUGCGAAGAGAAGCCACAUACGCGAGACAUGCUCUCGUCGCGCAUCACAGAGGCCAGAUGCAGUCUGUGUCGAACAAAGCAACAGAGCCUUCUGCAUAUGCGACCUCCGAGGUCUAA